AUGGAUUGGAAAUACAGACAAUUUUCACUAACAUUAUAUGGACUACUUGCACUGGUAUUUGUACCAUCCAGUUUUGGAUUUCUUUUUGGUGGACCGACUUAUUCAAUUAGCUUAGAAUCAGCACUCAGAGCAGAAUUAUUCACUACUAAUAACUAUGAAGUUUUGCAAAGACCCGAGCAAAAAGUUGUAGUAAGAAUAAGUAUUACAAUUCUUACAAUCAACGAUUUGAACAUAAAAGACCAGGCACUGUCUAUAUCAGGAUAUCUAACAUUUAAUUGGAGAGACCCUAGAUUAGAUUGGUCGGAUCCUACUAACACCACGCAGGAUUAUGGAAAUAUUGACUUUUUAUUCAGUACCGAAGAAUAUGUUUGGAGACCGUCAAUCAUCAUUGAAAAUUCGAUACAGGAUAUGGGAGUAAUCAGCGACAAAUCAACACCCAUGCGUAUAACAAACCGGGGAAUAGUUGUUUGGAGCCCAUCGGGCAUUUUUGUAGUAAGUUGUGAAUCUGACACCACGUAUUAUCCAUUAGAUACACAAGACUGCAAAUUAAAAGUUAGUUCGAAGGCCUACACUAUCAACGAAGUAUCUUUAGUGCUGACUUUGGAUCCUGUUAUCUUAGAUUUUUAUUCAGAAAAUGGAGAAUGGGACCUCGUGUCAGCAUCAGGAUUAGAUGUCAUGGAUACCCCCAUUGGACAGGCCUCGUUUUCAAGUGUUGAUUUCGAUAUCAAACUUCGACGUCGUCCAAUCUUCCACAUUAUAAACACGUUGUUUCCAGUAGUUUUGAUGGCCAUUUUGAUUGCUAUGGUAUUCAAACUUCCUGUCGACUCUGGCGAGAGAAACGGUUUUGCUUUAACAGUGCUUCUGGCUUAUGCUGUAUAUCUGUCGAUCAUUUCGGAAAAUAUUCCCAGCACUUCUGUUUCAGUUUGCUACCUGUCCUUGUACCUGGCGUUUGUUUUAUUUCUUGCUGCAAUGUCAGUAGUUUUGACCAUAUUUGUGUUGCGUGCGCACUACGCGACCGGUGAAAUUCAUAAAGUGUACAAGAUUUUAUUCAAAUGUGUAUCACGUUCAAAAGUUGAUGUUGUGAUAUUAGAAAAAACAGAUGUAGGAGAAAACCAACACGAAGAAAACAAACUAACAUGGCAAAUAGUAGCUGAAGGAAUGGACACUGUGUUUUUCUAUGUUUACGUUGUUUUAAUAUCUGUUGUUACUUCUGUUCUCACUGUAGCAUACAUUAUUCAUUAUCAUAGUACCUAAG